UGCAAAAAAAGCAGACGUCUUCAGGCACACACAGUUUGCUCAUCAAAAAAGUGAAAGACAAAUUCAUAGUAUUUUUGUUGACAAAUUAAUGUUAAAUUUUCGUAAAAUCGAUAUGAAAUAAUCAAACAAUUCACAAAUUUAAAUCCCCCGUCAAUGUUUACAAUAUUUGGAAAAAGUGCGAUUCGUUGACACGUAAGAGUAAAAAUUAUUCCCUCGUAUCAAAAUGGAGAGUGACAGUUAAUUGCGUUCAAUCGACUUGGUGCUAUUUACGAAUAUAAUUAUCAGUUUAUGUUUUCUUUAUUUAUGUUUUUUAUAAUACACUCAUUACUGUCACGAACAUAUCGUUUAAAUUUCCCAAGUGAUUAAAAAAGUGUUUGAUACGAUUGUCAUAACCUAUAAAAAUUUGUGUUCGACAUAUAUAUAUAUACGCGAGUAUUGUAAUUAUUUUAAUCUUUACAAUCAAUUAAAACAAAGUGUUUAAAUAUACGUAGUUUUUGAUAGUAGUGUUAUUAUAUAUACACCACCUACGUAGAGUGACUUAUCGUGUAUGUGGAUUAUACACAGAAAACAAGAUUUUAUUCGCUGACCUAUGUUUCUCUUGCAGUAAAAAACUGAUAGAUCGGUAUCAGCGUGUUACUUUUGAUGAGCAUAAAUAAUUUUCAAUUGAUCAGUGAAAUUGUGGGUUUACAGUAUGAUACAAAAGUAGAGAACUCCUAGUGAAUUGAUAAAACUAGGAGUCACCGGGGAUUUAAAUAAAAGAAAAAAAAAUGCCUCAGUGUUGUCUAAGUCACAGAACUCAAUUAUGGCUGAUAUUUUUAACUCUUCUUCUCUUCAGCACUGUGCAGGCCGAUAUUUUAGUAUUUUCAAAUGCAGAUCGUCAUCAAAUCGAGGAGGAGUUCAGAGAUAUGCCAGCACGGUUCGGUGGACAGAUACCACCUGAAGGAAUCAAAGGCAUGAUUGUUUACGCAGAUCCUCCAUUUGCUUGUUCAAAUGUGAAAGAGCCGCCAAAUGUGGACGGCUACGAGGGAAAAUGGAUUCUUCUGGUGGCACGUUUAAAUUGUACUUUUGAAAUAAAAGUUCGAAUGGCACAAACAGCUGGCUAUGAUGCCGUGAUUGUUCAUAAUGUGAAUAGCGAAGAACUUGAACCGAUGUCAGCGAAGGAUUCGGUUGGAAUCGAAAUUCCGUCAGUGUUUGUUAGCGAACUUACGGGACUGAUACUCAAAGGAAAUUAUCUUUACAAUCAUCUUUACUUUGUAUUGAUAAAUGAUGAUUUACCUUUUAAUAUCAAUACACAUUUAUUAUUGCCAUUCGCUAUCGUUGUUGGCCUAUGUUUUCUUAUCAUGGUCAUAUUUAUGAUCGUUAACUGUAUAAAAGAUAGAAGGAGACAAAGAAGGCAUCGUCUGCCGAAUUCUAGUUUAAAAAAAAUUCCAACUCAUAAGUAUACCAAGGGCGAUCCUUACGAAACGUGCGCUAUUUGUUUAGAUGAUUAUGUCGAAGGAGAAAAAUUACGAGUCUUGCCUUGUGCACAUGCUUAUCACUCGAAAUGCAUUGAUCCGUGGUUGACGAAAAGUCGACGGGUGUGUCCAGUUUGCAAACGUAAGGUUUUUGCGGCUGAUGAGAGAGUGAUUACAGACAGUGAGAGUGACUCAGACGCUGAUGAUUCGACCCCUUUAAUUAGAAAUGGGCAUCCAGGUACUCAAGGAGGAACAUUUGCCGCUCAAAGAGAGAAUCCUUUUUCAAGAGCUCUCGCUUCUCAAAGUGAAAAUCCCUUCUCGAGAGGAAGAAGGCAACAAGAAAGACAAAAUAAUGAUUCAAAUACUUGCUCUGAUUCGGAACCUUCCAGUUUAUCAAGUUCGGAUUCAGACGAUUUUAUGAGUGUUCCCAAUGCCGAGUCAUCUGGCACUUUGUUUACUGUUUCCGAUAGUCACAGUAUCAACGGCGAAGUGCCAGAUCUUGAGCGCUCUGUCAGCAGUACAAAGCCACAUACUGUGAAUGUUUACACCGAAGAGGAACCGCCAUUAACAGUUCAUGUUUUAAUGAAAAAUUCAACAGAAGUGGAUAUUGAAGAAUUACCAACAACAGAAAUAAGGCCAGGACAAAGUGACAGAAGCCAUAAUGUGGUAUAGUCUCUUUAAAAAUUCAAUUUUACAAGAAAAUAUUUCAAUUAAUGAAGAUUUAUAGUAAAUAUCAUCUAUAAAAAAUGACAAACAGAUAUCUCGGUUAUUUUUUAAUCGAGUGGUUAAAUUAAUAAUUUCUUUCAAGCUAUCAGCAAAGAAAAAAAAAAAUCAUUAGAAAUAAUUGGCUUUAUAUCGAUUUUAUUUUUUCAAAUAUUAUAUUUUCCAUUUAAAAAUAAUUCAUAGUAAUUUUGACAAUUACUGCACGAUUUUUUUUUAUAUAAACAUAAAUCGAUAAUUAGGAGUGAAAUUAAGCGAAUAAUUAACUGAUAAUCAGUUGACCUGCUAUUGUUUUUAAGAUAAUAAUAUACAAUUUUAAUAAUUUCAAAAAAGAAAAAAAAACAAAUUUGUGUGAUAUUGAAAAUAAUGCGAAAGGGUAAAAAUAGUUAUAUGUAAUCUGUGAUUUACAGAAAUGUAAAUAAUCUCUCUUUUUUUUUUGUUGAUACGAAGAAAGACCAAAAGUUAUAUGCAGGAGAUUUUAUGUGUAGAUUUAUCAAACUAAAAAUAGAAAUAAUUAAUAUUUUUUCUGUUUUUUUUCUGAUAAGUAUUUCUUAUAAAUAAAGAAUAAUAAUAAUUUUAAAUUAAAAGUUUUCAUCACACGUGUAAACUAAUAUUUUAUUCUGUGGUAACAAAAAAUUGUUAACAAAGAAUAGCAAUUAAUGUUGUCGACUUUAACAAAAAUUGAUGAGGAUGAGAAAUAUUUUAUUUUUUUAUGUAAAUUAUGAAAAUUAUUUUGUUUAUUUUAUUUGUCUUAUAGAUAAAUAAAAUAAUUUUUUUCACGUUACUUCAAUGAGAAAUUUAAUCAAAUAAGUAAAUAAGAAAUUAAUCAAUUAAUUAAUUGAAAAGAAAUUUGAUUAUGUUUACAUCGAAUGAAGUGUUAAAACUGUGAUGUGAAAAGACAUUUUUACAAAAAUGGGCGAAUUUAGAAUUUUCUUUUUUUUGUCGCAACUUUUAUUUUUUUAUUUCAAUGGUGCGGUUAUUCUGACAAAAAAAAUACGCGAGUUUGUAUAAAGUAUUGUAAAUACUAUAUUUAGUGCGAAAAAUUAUGCUGUUAAAUGUAACAUUAUUGCGUAAGUUUUUUGCUCUUGAUAUUUACUGUACGUAGUGUUAUAAACAGUCACAAUAUUUCCAUCGCUUUUAAUAUAUUAUCGUUUAUUUAAAAUUGUAUUCCAAACAAAAAACUGAAAAUAAAGUGUAUUUAUAUUUUUUAUCCUAAA